ACCUCUAACUUGCAUACACGCACUGACAUAAUCAGCCGGUUUGAUAAGUUAUCCAGGAAAAGCAGACACGCCCGUACAUGACAACUUUCAUUUUGUACCUGCAUUAUUCGCCAUGCUUCAUUCUUGGGAACCAGUAAUUUACGCUUUAGAGUUGUUGCAGCAAGCAAAGUAGCACAUUUCCUCCUCCUACACCAGGAAAACAAAAGUUUGGGCAUGAAAAACUAGUUAUAUUAUCACUCUUCCUCGUUGUGCCGUACGUUUUCCAUAAAACAUGUGGGAGCUUUGGUUUCUACUCUUCACUGGAAACUUUAUCACUGAGUCCUGGAGCCUUGAUGUCAAUCAUUUAUUGGUGACAUAUGGCCAGCAGCUAAGUAUCACAAUGACGAGUGUUACUCAGAAAUUAGAGUUUACAUCUGUGAAUAACCAGCAGUCAUAUAUUAUCUGGUCCAGAAACACCCAACCAAAAAAAGGAAAAGUGAUAUCAUCAGGUGAAGAAAAUCACUUUGUGAUGAACUCUGUCACAUUUGAUGAUCAGGGAAACUACACAGAGUGGAACCUCUGGGAACGAGUGGCUUCAGUCCAUUUAGUGACGGUUCUCUCUAAAAGACGUAUCCAGGGUUGUGUGCCUGGUAAAAAUCUUAGCAUUUCCAUGGACGGCCUUUUAAAGGAUGACGUUAAACUACAGUUCUUCGGCAAAGAUUUCAACCUCACACUGGUGGAGCACGGUUUGCCAGUGGGCAACAACCAGUUUGGAUAUUGGGGACGGAUCCACAUAACUUCCAAAAGUAUACAAGUUCUUAUUGUUGAUGGUUCCGAUGUGGGGAAGUAUAUACUCAGUGACCAUGAAAAUAAUACGGUCACGAUCAUCACUCUAACCAUGUUUGAGUGUAAACUUAAAACCAUUCAACUGGAACGGAUACACGGCCAGCAGUUGGUUAUCAAGCUGCCUAUUUGGUAUAAGAGGUUGGAGUUUAGCUCAGUAAAAGAAAAGCAAUCUGUUCUCUGGCCCAGUUGUGCUCAGCACACAAGGAAAUAUGUUAAAAGAUCAGGUUAUAAUCGACAAUUUAUUAUUAAUCCUGUCACAUAUAACGAUGAAGGAACCUACACAAGGUGGAACUACAGGGAUCAAGUGUCAUCUGUUUUUAAACUGGUGGUUUACACUGCAACCCAUAUCAACGAUUGUGAAGCUGGUAAGACUUUCACAAUUUCACUGGAUGGCCUGGCAAAAGAAGACGUCACACUGCUUUUCACCAACGAAGAUUCCAACAUCACUCUGGUGGAGCACGGCUUACCUGUGAACAACUCACAUAAUCACUUCUCAGAACGGAUCCAGGUGACUAGCAGUGAUAUCCAGGUGCUCAAUAUUGAUGUCUCUGACAUGGGCAACUACACACUCACUGAUCAUGAAGGUCGCAAGGUCAAGGUCAUUACUCCACACUUUGUCUGUAAAGCAGUCUCCAGCCCAAAAAUGACUGAUGUCCAGAUCUUAUUGGAUUUCGCAGUACAAAUUCAACAUUGCCAUGGGAUAGAAGUCCACCUGUAUUUUCUUUCCACAGCCUGCAUUUCUAAAUUAUAUUGUUAUAUGGCCUUACAUGGAAAACUGGGUUACCCAGACACAGUGUUGUUCCAAAGGGUAGUUUUAUGAGUGUAGUUUAGUCAGUAAGCAAUGUGCCUAAUAUUUCUACAUCUUUUAUUAUUAAUAAAAUUGGAAAUAACAACAAUUGGAUGAAUUGUAAGGCACCCUAGCAGUAUUGCUAACUAAUAUGUCUCCAUCCAUCUACUGUAUAAUUGCUAAUAUGGAUAGAUGAAUGGAUUGACAUUAUAAAUCCCUUUAUACUGUUAUUUUUAUGGUUCUCUGUACAGCCCAUUGUACAUUACGGAAACCAAAAAAAUUAUGGAGAAUACAUUGUGCCAGAGAGAAAAGAAUUACUUAAGUGAUACACAAAUGAAUUGCUUUUCAUUUGUGACCUAAACAAAAUAUACCACAAUGAAAAGGGAAUAAAACAGACAAUCAAUCUGUCACUUAUCUGAUGGACCCAUACUUUCAGCCCUUAGUGCACAUGCACAGUUUAGUUCUUCCUAGACACAAAGCAAACAAGCAACAGGAUUCUGCUCUGUACUGGUGCUUAGGUAAUGAAUUAAAAAUGACUGCUUGCUGUCUUUAAAUCCAGUGUAAAGUUUUCAAAUAAAUACUUCACAUGUUU